AUGCAGAUGAUCCUCGGGGACAAGAGCAUCCUAGACCUGAUGGGCGCCGACCACAAGCGGAUCCAUGGUGUGAUGGCUGAGUUACUCAAGCUGGACAUGCUGAGGCUAUAUAUGGGCAAGAUCGACGGUGAGGUGCGGCGCCACCUCGACGAGUGCUGGGCCGGCCAGCGCAUCAUUACGGUGAUGCCUCUCAUAAAGAGGCUCACGUUCGACAUCAUCUCCCUGCUACUCUUCAGCCUCGGGCAGAGCCCGCUCCAGGACGCGCUCGCCGCCGACUUUGCAUGCAUCAUGGAUGGCAUAUGGGCCAUCCCAAUGAACCUGCCAUUCACGGCGUUCCGCUAG